GGACUCUUAUUUUGACGCAUCUGUUGAGGACUCGUAGUUUGACGGGUUGUUAGUUCAGUCGCCAUCUUGUCUGGUUGUGUCUGGCUUCAGGCGCGCGCACUGAACCGACCCGGAAAACUCGAGCCGAGUUAAACUGACGAGAUGGCGGCCAUCCGUAAGAAGCUGGUGAUCGUCGGGGACGGCGCGUGCGGGAAGACCUGCCUCCUCAUCGUCUUCAGCAAAGACCAGUUUCCCGAGGUUUACGUGCCCACCGUCUUUGAGAACUACGUGGCCGACAUCGAGGUGGACAGCAAGCAGGUGGAGCUGGCGCUGUGGGAUACGGCGGGGCAGGAGGAUUACGAUCGGCUGCGGCCGCUGUCCUACCCCGACACGGACGUCAUCCUCAUGUGCUUCUCCAUCGACAGCCCCGACAGCCUGGAGAACAUUCCUGAGAAAUGGACUCCCGAGGUCAAGCAUUUCUGCCCCAACGUUCCCAUAAUCCUGGUGGGCAACAAGAAGGACCUGCGGAACGACGAACACACGCGCCGCGAGCUCUUCAAGAUGAAGCAGGAGCCCGUCAAACCCGAGGAGGGCCGAGACAUGGCCAACCGCAUCUGUGCCUUCGGAUACAUGGAGUGCUCUGCCAAAACCAAGGACGGCGUGCGGGAGGUGUUUGAGAUGGCCACCAGGGCGGCGCUGCAGGCCAGGAAGGGCAAGAAGAACAACAAAUGCCUGCUGCUGUAAACGGACUGUGUUCAUUUUAUUCCUUUUAACUGAAUCAGUUCAUCUAGUGUUGAGAGUUUAUGUCAGUAUUUAACGCUUCGAUUGAAUUUGCCACAUUCAGACUCGCCGUGAGCCGCAAACACACGAAUAUGCAACCGAUCCGGACCAAGGUGCACUGCACACACUCGGACAGACUUGAAACUCAUUCUUUUGUCUUUCACAAUAAGCAGAAUUUGGUAUGUUUGUGUAUUAAAGCCUUUAUAAGACA